ACUGAGCGCUCGGAGAAAAGCUCUCCUUGUGCUCCCGCAGCCUUCCUCUGUCAAGAGAAUUGGCUGUCGAAGGGGACGGCCCGCGUUGGUUCUCCCACCUUCUCCCUAACUUUUCGCCGAGUGGAAUGAUAUCCAGACUCAAUUUGGGGGUGUUGAUGUUGUUGUUGAGAGGCAGGAAGUGAGGCACGUUCGCACUCUGAGUGCCCGAGAGGAGAGCCGAGAGGCGGCUCGCUUUAGACAGGACCUUCCUUUCUCCCUUCCCCCUUCCCGAAGGAAUAACCCGUGAAAUGGUUUCGUCUGAAGCGCUCUCGGGGCUGCUGUUGGGAUUUUGCAGCUAAAGGAGACCUUUUUGUUUUUGCCUUGGGUUUUCGCAACAGAAUUUUUGUGGAUGCUUCCUUUAUUCAGAACUUGGAAGAAAACCUGCCACUUUUUAAUGGCUGCCGCUGCUGGAUGAUCAUCUGAAACUCUUAAUAGAAGAGAAAAUAUUGCCAGAUGGUUUUCUGUAGGCUUUUUGUAAAUGAGUGAAGGAAGAAAUGCCUCUACCUUUUGGGCUGAAGUUGAAACGAACUCGACGCUAUACAGUAUCUAGCAAGAGCUGCUUGGUAGCCCGCAUUCAUCUACUUAACAAUGAGUUUGUGGAGUUCACACUAUCGGUGGAAAGCACUGGGCAGGAAAGUCUGGAGGCUGUGGCACAGAGACUUGAACUUCGAGAGAUUACCUAUUUUAGCCUUUGGUAUUUCAACAAGCAGAACCAGCGCAGGUGGAUAGACUUGGAUAAGCCUCUCAAAAAGCAACUGGAUAAAUAUGCAUUGGAGCCAACUGUGUUCUUUGGUGUGGUGUUUUAUGUGCCUUUUGUCUCUCAACUUCAGCAGGAAAUUACCAGAUAUCAGUAUUACCUACAACUAAAGAAAGACAUCUUGGAAGGAAACAUACCUUGCACUUUUGAACAAGCAAUUCAUCUUGCUGGCUUAGCUGUUCAAGCUGAUUUUGGGGAUUAUGACCAAUAUGAAUCACAAGAAUUUCUACAGAGAUUUGCCUUGUUUCCUGUGGGCUGGUUGCAAGAUGAGAAGAUGUUAGAAGAAGCAACUCAGAAAGUGGCAUUACUCCACCAAAAAUAUAGGGGCCUCACACCACCUGAUGCAGAGAUGUUAUAUAUGCAAGAAGUUGAGAGAAUGGAAGGUUAUGGUGAAGAGACCUACCCUGCUAAGGAUAGCCAAGGAAGUGACAUAUUCAUCGGAGCUUGUCUCGAUGGAAUUUUUGUCAAGCAUAAAAAUGGUCGGCCUCCUGUAAUAUUUAGGUGGCAUGACAUUGCUAAUAUGACCCACAACAAAUCUUUUUUUGCAUUAGAAUUAGCCAAUAAAGAAGAGACAAUCCAAUUCCAAACUGAAGAUAUGGAAACAGCAAAAUAUGUGUGGAGGAUGUGUGUGGCCAGACACAAAUUUUACAGAUUAAAUAAAUGUAGCCUAGACUCCCCAGAUUCUUCGCCUGAGGAAGGCUCUCAGAAAUCUUUCCUCAUUCUUGCCUUUCCACGCUUUCCAAUUCUUUCUCGUCCUUCUCUGCCCAAAGGACAAGCUCAGACAGUGACAGUGAAUCCAGUUAGAAGGCGAUCAACCUCCAGGUUGUCUCUGCAGCCCAAACCACAGCCUUAUAUGAUGCCUCCACCACCUCAGUUACACUACAAUGGACACUACCCAGAACCAUAUGCAUCCUCGCAAGAUAAUCUCUAUGGGACGAACCAGAAUGGCUAUUACUGCCAUUCUCAGACUAGCUUAGACAGAGCACCACACGACUACAAUGGCAGAAUCCGCAAUGGCAGUGUCUACAGUGCUCACAGCACAAAUUCCUUGAAUAACCUGCAGCACUACAUGCAGCCAUCGCCCAUGUCCUCCAACCCGAGCAUUACUGGCAGUGAUGUCCUCCAUUCAGAUUAUGUCCCAUCGCAUCGACAUAGUGCCGUAAUACCACCUUCUUAUCGGCCUACCCCAGAUUAUGAGACUGUGAUGAAGCAACUAAACCGAGGAAUGAUGAAUUCAGACAAGCAGAGUCAUUCCAUGAGAAACCUUAAUAUAGGCAAUUCAUACGCUUAUAGUAGGCCUGAUGCCUUGGUGUACAGUCAGCCUGAAAUCCGAGAACAUGCUAACUUUGCUUCUCCCCAUUCUGGUCAUUACCCAUUUAAUCUGAAUUACAGCUUCCACAGCCAGUCCUCCUAUCCGUAUCCCGCUGAAAGGCGCUUGGUAGUUGGAGCCGUGAGUGUUCCUGAGCUAACAAAUGUUCAGUUGCAAGCCCAAGAAUAUCCAGCACCAAACAUCAUGAAGACUCAAGUAUACCGCCCUCCGCCUCCUUAUCCUUAUCCACGACCUGCUAACAGCACACCAGAUCUAUCCAGGCACUUCUACAGUAGCAAUAGCAAUCCUGAUCUCAUCACCCGACGGGUCCAUCACUCUGUCCAGACGUUCCAGGAGGACAGCCUACCAGUUGCCCAUUCCCUUCAGGAAGUGAGCGAGCCUUUGACAUCAGCCCGGCAUGCUCAGUUGCAGAAGAGAAACAGCAUUGAAAUUGCUGGCCUGGCACACAGUUUUGAGGCCAUGAGGAUUAAAGAGAGAACCAUGUCAGCCUCAGCUGCAGAUGUGGCUCAGCCAAAGGCGAUCCCUUCUGGGUCACAGACUUCUGUAUUCCUAGAAAGGGCAAAGCAAGAAGAAAUUGAGGAGCAAGAAGACCAUGUGAAUUAUGGGCAUAAGAAAUCUCUUUCAGAUGCAACUAUGCUCAUUCAUAGCAGCGAGGAAGAGGAAGAAUGUGAAGACGAAAACAAGGCUAAUCCAGCGCUGCCAUUUCUCAAUGAAAAAUCCCAGCUUCCUUCCCUAAUGGCAUGUUAUCCAACUGAAUCUUUAUUGAACUACCCUUAUAGUUCCAUUGCUUCAUCUCCUGGUCCUUUACAUAUACAUGAACCUAAAUUGCACAUUACUGAGACUGACAGGAGGGUAAAAGAUGUGAGCCCCUCACACAUCAUGGGUGACUCUCAGGUGCUAAGGAGAGAAGAUGGACUGUUAACUCCAUCUGUGUCAGAGUCUGACUUAACCAUUUCUGCCCGGUAUAGAGUGCGGAAGGAUUCCAUAAAGAAGAGACCAGUGUCUGAAUUACUGUCAGGGAAGAAGAAUAUUGUAGAAGGGCUGCCUCCUUUAGGGGUCAUGAAAAAGAACAGAGCUGAAGCUAAAAAAAUAGGACCUUUGAAGUUAGCAGCUCUGAAUGGACUAACAUUGUCUCGUCUUCCUCUGCCAAGUGAGGGGAAGGAAGAAUCUCCCAGAGCAACAAAUGAUGAACGGUUUAAGGGUUUGGAACAAAGGUUAGACCAAGGGAUGGUGUUUACGGAAUAUGAACGGAUUCAGAAGAAAAGGCUUGUAGAAGGUGACUGUUCAAUAGCCUGUCUCCCAGAAAAUGCAGAAAGGAACCGAUUCCAGGAUGUGCUUCCUUAUGAUGACACCAGAGUUGAGCUAGUCCCUACUAAGGAAAAUAAUACGGGCUAUAUCAACGCAUCACACAUUAAGGUCUGUGUCGGGGGCAUGGAGUGGGAUUAUAUUGCAACUCAAGGUCCUUUGCAGAAUACAUGCCAAGAUUUCUGGCAGAUGGUAUGGGAGCAAGGGGUUGCCAUUAUAACCAUGGUGACAGCAGAAGAGGAAGUUGGCCGAGAGAAAAGUUUCCGAUACUGGCCGAGACUUGGUUCAAGGCACAACACAGUGACCUAUGGGAGAUUCAAGAUCACUACUCGCUUCCGGACUGAUUCUGGUUGCUAUGCCACCACAGGUUUGAAGAUCAAACACCUCCUCACAGGACAAGAGAGAACAGUUUGGCAUCUUCAGUAUACUGACUGGCCAGAGCAUGGCUGCCCAGAAGACACAAAAGGGUUUCUGUCAUACUUGGAAGAGAUACAGUCAGUACGGCGUCAUACCAACAGUACCGCAGACCCUGCAAUUCCCAAUCCCCCUCUACUGGUGCACUGCAGUGCUGGUGUAGGAAGAACUGGAGUGGUCAUCCUAUCAGAGAUCAUGAUUGCCUGUUUGGAGCACAAUGAGGCACUGGAUAUCCCAAGAAUGCUAGAAAUGCUGAGGCAGCAAAGGAUGAUGAUGGUGCAAACCCUAAGCCAAUACACAUUUGUCUAUGGAGUUCUCAUCCAGUUUCUUAAGAGUUCAAGGCUUAUAUAAGUUUUCUUCAUUCAAGCUUCAAAAGUCUCCUUCUUUUCAAGAGUUUACAAAAGCAGACGUUUGCCUCCCAGGAUUACAUGAAGUUUAAAAAUUCUGUAUGCAACUGGGCAUUGCUUUAGCAGAGUUCAUGUUGAAGCUGAAAGGAAUGUGUGUGUGUUGGGGAGCAGUGGUUUGAAAUGGGAAUGAUUCAUUGGGUUCUUCCGAUGAAACUGUGUUCAUGGCAGGCAUACAACUGCUGAUCCUAGGAAGACAUUACUGCACUGUACUGAAAAUCAUGAUGGUUAUAUCAUUAUGAAUGGAAAGCUAUACUGAUGUAUACUUGUGGAUAGACUGUGGUGAAAGAAGUGUGCCCUGCCUAUACAGUAGUGAUAAAUGGCAUCAUUGUGCUUGAGUUUUUUAUUUCAAUCUCUGUGAAUGUUUGUGUGUGUGUGUGUGUGUUGAUUUUUAUAUUGCAACCAGCAUCACCAACAAGCCAUUAAAGGAAGCACUUAAGACAGAGAGUG